ACCAGUGCACACCUGGCUGUCCACACACAUGGGCUGACCCCUCCACACACAAACAUAUGCACACCCGCACACAAGCACACGCUCAUGCAUACUCACAAAAACAGCGUCAUGCAUCCUGAGAGCGACAGCAGGAACUCCGAUGGACACCAAAAAACGCACGGCAGCAGCAGCAGUGUAAGCAGCUGACUGCCUUCUCCUUAUUUUUACUCUUACACAUCGCCGGCUUCUGUAGAAAAGUUGCACUGAGUGCGCCGACAUGGAUUUUCUAAACAGCAACAACAACAGCAACGUCACCGGCGGUUACCCAGAAGGGAUGGACGUGGUCGCCGACUGGAUCGGGGGAAACAACGCCACGGGGUCUAGAUUUGUGUCCGAUAUGGUACUGGCUUACCAGAUAUUCACAUCUCUACUCCUGGGGGCCCUCAUUCUCUGCUCCAUAUUUGGUAACGCGUGCGUCGUGGCGGCCAUCGCCCUGGAGAGAUCUCUCCAGAAUGUGGCAAACUACUUGAUUGGAUCUUUGGCUGUUACAGACCUGAUGGUAUCGGUGUUGGUUUUACCUAUGGCAGCCCUCUACCAGGUUUUAAAUAAGUGGACUUUGGGGCAGGAGAUCUGUGACAUAUUCAUCUCCUUGGAUGUGUUGUGCUGCACAUCCUCCAUCCUGCAUCUGUGCGCAAUCGCCUUGGACAGGUAUUGGGCCAUAACAGACCCUAUUGAUUAUGUAAAUAAACGAACACCAAAGCGAGCUGCGCUCCUGAUUUCCGCAACUUGGCUGAUCGGGUUCUCUAUCUCCAUCCCGCCUAUGUUAGGAUGGAGGAGCGCUGAGGACAGGGCAAACCCAGACGCAUGCAUGAUCAGCCAGGAUCCGGGCUACACCAUCUACUCCACCUUCGGGGCUUUUUACAUCCCUCUCAUCCUCAUGUUGGUUUUGUACGGCCGAAUAUUCAGGGCCGCUCGGUUUCGAAUUCGAAAGACGGUCAAGAAAACCGAGACUGCGAAAGUUUCGGACAAGUGUUUGGCCGUGUCUCCGGCAUUCUUUCACAAGAAAAUCAAUGGGGAGACCCGCGGGAAAGGCUGGAGGCGCUGCGACGAGUCAAAAUGCAGCUCUCCGUGCGUAAACGGCGCUGUAAAGCACGGAGACGAGGGCGAGUCGCUGGAGAUUAUAGAAGUUAUCAGCAACUCCAAGACGCACCUGCCUCUGCCAAACACCCCUCAGUCCUCCUCUCAUGGAUAUGAGAACAUGAACGAGAGGAACUCGGGAGCAAAACGGAAGCUUGCGCUCUCCAGGGAGCGCAAAACGGUGAAGACGCUGGGGAUCAUCAUGGGGACGUUCAUUGUGUGCUGGCUGCCGUUUUUCAUCGUGGCACUGGUCCUGCCUUUCUGUGCGGAGAGCUGCUACAUGCCCGACUGGUUGGGCGACGUUAUCAACUGGCUGGGAUACUCAAACUCCCUCCUGAACCCCAUUAUAUAUGCCUACUUUAACAAAGACUUCCAAAAUGCAUUCAAGAAGAUCAUAAAGUGCAAAUUCCACAGACCAUGAACGCACAUGUGGCUUUACUUCUAUAAAAUGUGGUGCAGCAGAAAGAAAAAUUUUCACAAACUGUGCAGAGCAGCAAAUAAUAAUAAUUAAAAAAAACUACUUACAGACUUUCCUUCAGGGACAGAAUAUGUUUUAGAAGGAUUGUGUAUAAAUAAAGCAGACAUCAAGGCGGAGAUAUUCCUUCUCAAUGUACAAGCUCACGUUUCUUCAGUGUUGUAGCUAUGUAGCCCCCCACAUGCGAUGACAACCAUUGUUGUAUUGUCACGCAGGACAUGUCUUGUGCUGAUUCCAUGCAUUUUUAUCAUGAAGAACGAGGGGCUUCUAGUCCCACGCAAUGAGCUCUGUAGCACUGACAACAAAUAAAAGCAAUC